CCCGGAAAUCCGGUGGCGCCGGCGCAUUGUGCUUUUCCCUAAGCGCGGGAGUCUCAGUUUGCGGGUGGAGCCGCCGUCACCGACUUGGUUUCCCGGUCGAGGUCGGCGUUUUGUGGUGGUUUGGCUCUGGGCGAGGAGGCAUCGGUCGGCCGCGGCGGAGGGGUAGCCGUCGCCCCGGACUCCCCGCAGGAGGGGUCCAGGGGUCCUCACGGUCGCUGGGCCUCCGCUUUUCUCCCUCGCUGACGCCGUGUCUCCUGAGAGGAUGAGCUUGUUCCGGAACUCUGCUUUCGAGAAGCAGCAUCUCUGGAUGUACCUUAAGGCUCUCGGUUUGAAUACGAGUUCCGGCACCGCGGUCGGCGGAAAGAUGGUGCCGCACGCGCAUCUUGGAGAGAACAUGUUUGACAAACUGAACCGUGAUGCCUUUUAUAUAGUUUCCUAUUUUUUGUUUCAAACGCUGAAUGAGUCUCGUGCCAAAGAAGUUUUCAGAGAUUGCUGGCCUCCAUUUGACCAAAAACAUGAUAUGGAAUUCCGGAAACAUUGCUGUGAAUGGUUAAAAGAAAUUUCUGCUGAAUGUGGAAGUAGUUUUCCUCAAGUUGUCGGCUCACUGUUUCUUUCUCCUGGUGGUCCUAAGUUUAUUCAUGUGAUGUAUCAUUUGGCAAGAUAUGUUGCAAUCAAAUAUCUUAAGACAGAAUCUAACAAUUCUCAACAUUUUGCAGAGACAUUUAAUGCAAAGCCACAAGAUAUGCACAAGUGCCUUGCCAGAAACCAUAUAGCAUGUAACAGAUUUUUAAAGGUUUUGCAAAGAGAACAUUCUGUUGCCCAAAUAUACCAGGAAAAUGGACAUCUGCUCCUUAAGCAAGUACAAAAUUUGAGAUUAGAAUGCAUGACUCUGGAAAACCAAGUUAAAAGAAUGGAGCCCUGUGAUGACCAGAGUAAUAUACAACAGAAAAUUGAAAAGGUUCGGGCUUUGUGGACUUCAGUAAAGGGGAUGUUCAUGCAUUUGGAAAAGGAGAGAGGAGUUGACAUUAGCCCAGUCUUCAGUUUUGUUAACCAGUGUGUUCUGGAUGGAAAUAAUGUUGCUGUUAGUAUUCCAAGGCUCUUACUUGACAGACUUGAGACCCAGAUGUGUCAGUUGCAGAUAGGAAAUGUUUAUGAGGCUGGAAAAUUGAAUUUCUUAACAAUUAUUCAGUUGUUAAAUGAAGUCCUGAAAGUAAUGAACUAUGAACAUUGUAAGGCUGACCGAGAAAGGCUGACAAUAGACCUUCACUACUUUGAAAAAGAAACCAAAUUUCAGAGGGAAAGAUUAUCGGAUAUGAAGCAUAUGAGGUAUAAAAUAAAAGAGAACAUCACUGCAGUAAAACAUUCUAUUGCUGAAAAGGAAGGACAAUGGCAUACGAAGUGGAAAGGAGUGCUUGGUCUGUCUCCUUUUUGUCUGUUUAAAGGCGGGGCUUCAGCUGUGGAUCUUUUGCCUCCCAUGUCUCCCCUUUCAUUUGAUCCUGUGUCAGAGGAAGUAUAUGCAAAGAGUAUACUUCUUAAGUAUCCUGCUUCACUUCCAGAUACACAUAAAGAGCAUAACCAAGAAAAUGGUAGCAGAAAAGAAGCUGAGACCCUAGGAAGUGUGUGUGAUCUAGCCAACAGCCCUGCUGCUUUCCCUUUACAAUGUGCUUCAUCAUCAAAUACAAACAGUAUCAUACUACUUGAGAAGGAUCCAACUCCCAAAGAGAAAAAUAUGAUGACUUACAAGAAAAUACCACACUUGGAAGUGGAAGACCCUCCUUUAUCAGAUACUGCAAAGAAUGCACAGAAUAGUGUGUUGAGUGCAUCGCUGCCAGUGAAAAAGAGUGAUCCAUUCCAGAAAGAGCAAGAUCAUCUGGUAGAAGAGGUUGCCAGAGUAGUUCUAUCCAAUUCACCACAGGUCUCUGAAGGAAAAGAAAUAAAAUUGGAGGAACUAUUGGACACUCUGAUUUCUAACCCUUUCUUAACCAGGAAACAAAUACCCCGAACUCCAGAAAACUUGAUAACUGAAAUCAGGAGCUCUUGGAGAAAAGCUGUUGAAAGUGAAGAUAACAGAAGUUCAGAUGAGAUUCUAGUGGAUGCCCAAGCUACAGAAGUGCCGUCAGAGUCUUCAUCUAUAUUGAAGAGUCAAAGGACAUUUAACCUGGCUAUUUUUUCCCCAGAAUCUGAUUGCUCUUAUUUGCCCGAGGAGAAAGCUGUUUCUGAUCAGCUCAAAGUUGUACCUCAGAGAUAUUUGGGGACAAGUCAGAUCAGUGAAUCCCCAACACAGCUUGAUGAGUCAGACUUGAUGAAUAAGAAAAUGAUUUGUAAGGAAGAUUUAGAAUGUACAACCCCCAGCCUUUCAGAAACCAGACAAAAGGAACCAUUCUCCCUUGCUGUGGGCAGAGGACUAGAUGAGAUGUGUACAAGUGAAAAAGACUCCGUUCGAAUAUUGGAACACUCACAAGCUUCUUGCAGUGAACCUUCCACACGUAAAACUCUGCUGUGGGACUCCUUUCAGAGGUUGAGUGGCAUUGGCAUAUUACAUGAAACUCUUCCAGAAGAAGUUGGUCACCUAAGUCUUAAUAGCUCUGCUAGUUCAGAGACCACUCCUCAACUGGAACGAAAUAGUUAUGUGCACAGUGAUGCCUUUCCAGAUGAUGUGGGAAAAAGACAAGCAACCCCAGAAUUAGAUUCCAAUUUACAGGCUAUUUUCAGGAGUUAUGAGGUUCUAAAGAAAUCUCUUAACAAAAUAAGAAAAGAAUUUCACCAGUCUAAUCCCAAGACACCUGGACAAUACAAAGUAGAAUUGAGCCCUGUAGCCAAAGACAUGCCAGCAGAUAAUACACAAUCUAUUUUGGACACCGAGAAUUUGUUUAUUGACUACACAGAGCCAUCUUCCCACAUGUCCCUUGAUGAAAAAACACAGUCUGUAUCACCACUAACUAAAGUUUCUUUGAUGGAGCAAAAAUUGAGGACCAUGUUACCAUGUAGUCCUGGGGAAUUUCUGCCUAAUUUAAAAGAAGAAGAAAUCUCAAGUAAGAGCCUUGAAACAAGAGAUUCUCUGAUUUGAGAAGAUGAAGCAUUUUCCAGUUAAUUUAGCUAUGAUGCACUUACACUGAAGCCUUGCCGCGCCACUGCAGCUGAUUUGUACACACACAUUGGAAGUCUUAAACUGUUUCCAAGGUCAAAGAAGUUCUGAAUGUACUUUGGCCUCAAUGUUUAGGUGUUUAGGUCUGUUUUGGUAAAUAUGAGGUUGAAAUGUGAACUUUUAUGAACAGCAAAUGUCAAGUUUUGGGAAUUCUUAGAAUAAUCUUGUAACUUAAGUAAAUGGCAAAUAUUAUAGUUUUGUUAACAUAAGGGUGAGCUUGUAAUAUAAUAGCCUCAUCUUUCACUUUAGAGAAAUCAUCUUAUUGGAUCUUUAUGUAAUAUUCUGGUACUAACACAAAUGAGCAGAGUAUAGUGCCUUUGGAUAUAUAUUCAAAACAACACAUUCUAAAGUUUCUAAAACUGUAAGCAGGUUUAAUGAAUUCCAAGUGUAUUGAUCCUGCAGAAUGAUUCUGAAGGAAUAAAAUUCAUGUGAUACGUGAAGGCAAGGUGCAGUGAAUUGAAAAAAAGGGGAGUGGGGGGAAAGGUAGAUGACCACACUGUAUUACUUAGUCUAGAGUGAGGAUUUAAUUUGUUUAUAUUUAACAAGCAUGUAAAUGAAAACUUCACAAAUCUGUUUUACUGUUGUCUAUGGGUGGUAUGUGGUGGGUGUUAUUUUGGGGAAAGUAAGAUUUUUGUUACUUGCUGCUAGACAAAGUUCCACAGUGCCUACAGAACCUUCUAGAAGCAAUGUGCUAUAGAAACUAUAUUCCUGUCAGAGCCCUUCAUUAUGAGAGUCAAAAUAUCAAGUAUCUGGAUAGGUUGGAUUUAUGAGUCCCUAAAAUUUAGGUCAUCUGAAUGUUCCUGACAUGAUUAUUUCCUGGUUCAGCACCAUGAACAUAAUAUCAAAUUUGUUAUUCUCCAAAAGUACUUAUAACUUAGUACUUUCAGUGCCUUCCUAUCCAGUAUCUACCUUUGAUGACUAGGAACUACUCUGAUCAUUUCAGGUCCUUCCUUAAAAGCCUUAAAUGAUGGUUCAUUGUAAUUGUAGAAUUGGACUCUGAUUUCCCUCUCCCACUGGAAUCGGGCCUUGCCCUGCCCAUCUAGCUCAUCUCGGUUCAUUCAUUAUUCUGACAUGAGAAAUUUAGUAAGUAACCUUGUUAUACCAGUUAGUUUUUAAAUUUUUAUUUUCACAUGUGAGAAUGUUUGCCUGCGUGUCUGUGGACCUUCUCAGUGCCUGGUGCCCAUGGAUACCUGAAGAGGGUGUCAGAUCCCUUGGACUGGAGUUACAGACUGGUAUUGGCUUCCAUGUAGAUGGUGGAACUUGAACCUGGGUCACAAGAUGAGGAGUCAGUACUCUUGACCACUGAGGCACUCUCCAGCUAGUUAUAGUUCCUUUAAAGCCCAGAACAGGACUUAAUCAAAACAAAAACAGCUCAGAGCAAAUCUCAUUUUCCACACUGAAGUCUUAAUCUGCAUUCCCUAGAUCCAUGGUCUUAUGUCUUUUCUAAAGUAUAUUGUUUAACUGGUUUGAUAGGUGUGAGAGAGGGGGAGGGGAUCUUGCUGUGUUUGUUCAGGUAAGCUUCAGUUGACAGCAUUUUUUCUGCUUCGGCCUCCCCAAGUGCUGGAACUAUAGAUGUUUGCCUAGCUUUUACUUAGUAUUCGACCUCUCCCCCCAAUUGAAAAAGUGAUCUCUGAUCACAGCAGCUGUAUACAUAUUUAGAUACUUAUCUUCUUACCUAUGCAAAUACACACACACCAGGGGUCACACUUCAUUGUUAAGUACUGGAAUUUUGUGUGCCUCCAGGACAGAAUAAAAGAAGUGGUAAAUAAGUAGUUUUUUCCCUUGGUUAUAUAGAGUGCACCUUGUUUUGUUCACAAAGAUAAAAAGCUGUGCAAACAGACUUCUGCAUUAAAUAAAACUUUAGAGCAGGUAUGUCCUAAUUACUGUGGGCUUGUGAGUGCUCAGUAUGUACUCUCGGCCCCAGCCCUUAAUGUUGCUAAGCAUGAAAAUGUUACCAAGUAGGACAAAGAAUAGUUGAAGUUAAAAGAGCUUUUGGGGGCCAGGGAGUAAGCUGGACAAAAUAUACCUAACAAGCAUUUUGAAACCUUAUUUUUCUUAGCCAUAAGGUAUGACAUCAAUUAUCUAAAGUGUAAACAUGUUUCAAGGCAUUUAAUGUGUGAAGACAGUAUAAAGUUCAGAUGCCUGGUUGCUCUAAAGAUCAUCAUUUUAUGCCCUGAGAGCUGGCAAGUUCAUGCUCUUUAAGUAGGAAAUGUCUAUCCGUAAGUGUUUUUACACAUUACUGUCUAGAAUAUUCAGUGUUUUACCACCUGUCUGGAAUUCCCUGUAUUUAAAAAGAAUUAUGCCUCAACCCCACCACUGAAUUAUCACAUACAAAAGUACAACUUGGUAGACUUGAUUUUACAAAAGUCUUAGUGAUAUAGGUAAGAGUAUUUUGUUACUGGUAUUUUAAUCACUAGAAUCUAGAUUUACAUUUGAGGCAGGGUUUUGCUAUGUAUGUAGCUUUGGCUGGCCUGGAAUUCCUUUCGAAGACCAGGCUGGCCUAAGUGAGUGACUGGUCUUUGUCCCUGCCUCCAAGCUCUGGCAUUUUCAGGUUGUGAUGUCAUGUCCAGUUUAUACCAUACAUUUAGUAGCUUCUUGCUUUUCAUGGGUAGGGAACCUGUCAUCACACCUACUGUCAAGUGUUUAAUAAAAGUUUAAAUUAUGUACCGCUUGA